AUGGCUAAAGAUAAAUCCAAAGAGUCUAAAAAGGGUUCAGAGGAAAGGAAACCAAUAACUGAAGAUAGCAGAUUUGCAUCUGUUCAUAAUGAUCCAAGGUUUAAGUUCCCUAACUUGAACAAAUUAAAAGUCAAAGUUGAUGAUAGAUUCAGUAAAAAAGAGUUGAAAAAAUUGAAUAAUAAUAAGAAAGCUUCAAUUGAUAGGUAUGGAAGAAAAAUUAAAGAGAAGGAAAGCGAUUUAAACAAAUUUUAUGAAGAAUCGGAUGAUGAAGAAAACAGUGAAGAAAGUGAAGAGGAAAGUGAAGAAGAAACUGUGGAUGUAAAGAAAGAUGAAGACAACGACAGUUCAGAUAGUUCAGAUAGUGAAACCACUUUAACUAGUGCGUUAGAUCGUGCUAGAGGUGAAGGUGGAGAAAGCGAAAGUGAAGAAAGUGACAGUGAAAGUAGUGAAAGUGAAGAAGAAGAAGUCGAAGAAGAAAGUGAAAUUGAAAUCGAAGAGGCUAAACCUGAAGAAGGUGAUCCUUCAGAUACUUUUGCCGUUGUUAAUAUGGAUUGGGAUAAUUUAAGAGCAGUCGAUUUGAUGGCUACUUUCAUAUCAUUUGUUCCAAAAGGUGGAUUAAUCAAAUCUAUUACCAUUUAUCCAUCGGAAUUUGGUAAAGAACAAAUGCAAAAGGAAGAAACUGAGGGUCCUUCAAGAGAUUUGUUCAAGAAACAGAUUAAGAAAGUUGAAUCUGAUGAUGAAGAUGAAGAAUUUGAUACUACCAAUGCUGCAGAUUUAGAAAGAGCAGCCAAAAAGUUAUAUGAAGAAGGUGAUGGAGAAGAAGAUUAUGAUAGUAAAGCUUUACGUCGUUAUCAAUUACAAAGAUUGAGAUAUUUCUAUGCUGUGGUAAAAUGUGAUAGUAUAUCAACUGCCCAAGCUAUUUAUAAAAACUGUGACGGUACAGAAUAUGAAUCUACAGCCAAUAUCUUUGAUUUGAGAUAUGUUCCGGAAGGAAUGGAAUUUGAUGAUUCAGAAGCCAAGGAUCAAUGUUUCAAGAUUCCAACCAACUACAAACCUAAUACCUUAUUUGUUACAGAUGCUUUACAACACUCGAAAGUGAAAUUAACUUGGGAUGAAACUCCUAAAGAAAGAUUAGCUAUUGCUAAUAGAGCAUUUUCUCAGAAAGAGAUUGAUGAAAUGGAUUUCAAAGCUUACUUAGCCUCAGGAAGUGAAGAUGAAGGUGAAGAUGAAUCAGCCAAAGAUAAAUAUAAGAAUUUAUUAGGAGGAGUCUCAUUUGGCUCCAAAAAGGAUGACGAAGAAGAAGAUGAGGUAGAUAUGGAAAUUACCUUUGAUCCUGGAUUACAAGCUGGAGAAACCAAACCAGAAGAAAAAGAUGUAGAAGAAGAAGAAGAUACUUUAUCAGCAUAUAAACGUAGACAAAAAGAACGUCGUAAAGCCAGAUUAGAGAAAUUCAAACAAGAAAAACAAGGUAAAGAACCUGAAGUCCAAGAGAAGAAAUCUAAAGAUAAGAAAUCAAGGGAUAAGAAGAAACAACCAGUUGAUGAAAAAGCUCAAGCUGAAUUAGAAUUGUUAAUGAUGAAUGAAGAUGGUGAAAAGGAAGAUAAUCAUUUCGAUAUGAAAGAUAUCAUUAAAUCCGAAAAGAAAAAGGGUAAGAAAGGUAAGAAAACCGUAGAUAUCCAAGACAACUUCGAAGUUGAUUUGAAUGAUGACCGUUUCAAGGAAAUCUUUGAAAACAGAGACUAUAACAUUGAUCCAAGUAACACCGAUUUCAAGAAAACUAAAACCAUGAAGAAGAUUUUAGAUGAAAGAUCUAAAAGACAACAUAAAGGUAAAAGUGAACAACCAAAGAAGAAGGUUAAGACCAAUGAUUUGAACAAUUUGGUGGAUAAAAUCAAACGUAAACAUAAAAAUUAG